UGACUGGUGACAUGUGUCACAUGUGACAUAAGAGUAAGUGUUCUGUGGACAUAAAUAUUGUGAAGUCGUAAACAUCUUGUUUUUAUUUUUUCUUUAUUUUUUUCCUUUAAAAAUGAAUUCAAAUAUGAAAUACACCUGUAGAACAUGUUUAGAAUCAAAAUCUCAAACAGAAUGUGUUAAUAUUUCACUAAACGAUAACGAUGACCAUAAUUCAUUCGUACUGGAAAUGUUGAGUUUUACUAUUCCCGAGUUGGACGUUUUUCUUGUAAAUAACCCUGUUGUCUGUGGAAGUUGUAUUGAUCUAUUAAAAACAAGCUUUAAUUUUAAAACAAUUUGCUUGAAAAACGAAGAAUAUCUUUUAAAACAUUCACAAAACAAUAACAAAAGGAUUAAUAUAUCUGAAAUUCCUUUGAGGCCUCAAAAUAAAACUACAAACAAUGCAACAAGUGACAAAAAUGCAGGAUCUUCAAAUUCUAAAACUAAUCAACUUAAUAAUAAAAUAGAGAAGAGUGGAGCAAAUUUAUGUUGCGAAAGUUGUCAUGGAUGCAAAACAAAAAAUUUUUCUAAACCAUCAUUACACAAAAAAGUUUGUGUUCCCCCUUUUAGUUGCUAUAAUUGCGAUAAGUCAUUAGAUAACAUACAAGAUUUGCGUAAACAUGUUUUAACUCAUGUAAAACAAAGAAAAUGUAAGAUUUGUCACAAAAGAUUUCGGGAUCUGCAUAUGUUAAAAGUACAUUUACGUGUUCAUACUCGAGUCAAUCCAUAUAAGUGCAACUUAUGUAAUAAAUCUUUUAGACAGUAUUACAGUUUGAAACAGCAUCUUGACAAGCACGUUGGUUCAAAUAAUGUCUCUUGUAAAUACUGUAGUAAAGUUUUCUCUACGAAAUACAAUGCGAUGAUACAUAUGAAAAGAUACAUAUGCAAAGGUACAUGUAAGUCACUUGAAAAAUGCGAUCUUUGUGGUGAGAAAUUUCCGAACAAGCCCGAAUUGAUCAAACAUUUGCAUAGUUCUACAGAAUUUUGUAGAGGAGGGGCUAUUAAGGAGGAGGAAAUAAAUGUACAAAUAAAAGAAGAAGUUGACAUAGAAGAUAGGACAUUUGGGAAUAUUCUUAUUAAGUCUGAAACAAUGUCCGAAUUAGACAAUAAAAACGAAGAUGAUGAUGUUGAUAUUAUGAACUUAUGACCAAAGUAUUGCUUAUACAAACUGUAUAUUAGUUACCGUUGAUAUAUAAAAAAUAAUUUUUAUCUCUAUAUUACUAGAUAUGUAUUCUAUCCAAAAUGGUUAAUGUUUAAAAUAUUUUAAUUGUUACAUUUUCUUUCCGUUAAGUGAACACUAUCUUUAGUUAUUAUUAUAUUAAAAUGUUUAUAAAUAUUAAGAAAUAGUAAAUAACAAUUAUUAUGAUAUUUAACAAGAAACAGCGAGAUGUGGAAUCGUUUUCGGGAACUAAAAUCCUACUGGGAAGCUCAAGAUAAUUACGAAGACUUGGGAGAACAAUAACUUAAGAAAUAUUUUAUAAGCUUUUUGUUAUAAAUUAUAACUAUCCGUCUAUAUUGACUUUGAUAUUAAAAUAAAAAAAUAUAUUUUUUUAUUAAAAUUUAGCAUUUACC